AUGGCUGAACAAAUGAAUGUGGAUUUGGGGCAAAGUCCCUUCAUGAUCUCUCAGCCUACAGCCACCUUCAAUAACAAUUCCAUCGUGGUUUCAAAUUUAGGAAAAGCUCAUCAAUCACUGAACAAUGGGAACCCGAAUCAGCUCAAUGGAACCUCCAUUGCUCGAAGUUAUAACACUUCAAAACGAGCCAAUGAAAGAACAGGUGGUGACGGAACCUUUUUGACGGAAGUUUCAAUUAACAAUAACAACAGUAACAACGAUAACUAUGACAACAGAAUUGUAUAUAAUAAUCUCAUAGAGACUCCUCAACCCCUACGACAAUCACCCGUCUUUGGAAAAGCAAGGAUCUACCCUCCCAUACAGGAAUUGGCAAAUUACAUGAAUGCCCUUAAUCGAAAAGUUCAACAAAAGAAAUUUUCUGGAAUCGAUCAAAGAAACUCACUUCACCAACCCAUCGUCGUUCAUAGUUACAAGGACUCUCAAUUCAAUAAUGGCUUACGAAAAUUACCCCCACCACCUAAGAAAGAUGCAUUUUAUCCCCUUAAAAAGCUAAACAAACGAAAACAAAUUGAGGAAUUAGCUGCAGAGCUCUCGAAAAAGGACAAUUUCGAGCAUGACUUCUCCAAACACUCUAUCAAUAAUGAAGAUGACAAGGUUUCAGUACGAUCGAAACAUAGCAGUACAAGUUCAAAAUCAAAGACCCUUCCUCCUUUGAAUCCAAACACCCGUGAGCAAAUGAGUGACGCCAUCAGUCAAGCAUUCUCCGAUCUAAAUCCUGAUGCUGUUGCAGAAUCUCCCACAAAACCAAUCAAUGACGACAAAUUCGACACCAAAUCCAUCUUCUCCACUCGCUCGAAAUAUUCUCAGAAGAGUAGGAAAUCGAAACUCUCCGAAUUGUCCUUCUCGAUUGGCAGUGAUGCCGAGAGUGAUCGAAUUCGUCAACUCGAGCACUCGCUCAAGCAUGAAGAAGAGGCUCGAAGGAAUAUUCUCAAAAUUCUUGAGGAAAUUCAGCAAAAACAAGAAUUUCUGUUGAACAAAUUAUCGCAACAAGAGAGAGAACAAUUCGAGAGCAUCUAUGGCCGUUACAAUAAUCUCAUAUCUGACCUUAAGAAAAACUCAGAUGACAAUCUAAGCGUGGCACUCUCUGCAAAGGAUAUUCAAGAGUUGAAAAAACAACAAUCGGACGUGGGUGACGACGAGCAACAAAGGGAGCAUUUACCCAAGAUUGACAAGUCGGAUGUUCAUAGUGCAGCGUCUAGAAAAAGCGUAGCAAAGAGUGAACAUGGUUCAAUCCACUCUGGGUUUUCACGACCUUCCCAAGCACUUUCAACUCAUUCCAACCACUCACAACGCUCGCAAGAAAGUGCAUUCUCGCAUCAUUUAAGACACUCUCAGAAGAACCAGUUUCGAGAACAUUAG